UUUUCUUUUUGAGCCAUUGGGUGGGGUGGGGUUGUAGCCAUGAUACACUCACCACUACAACAAUAAUAUCAACACAUAAAAGUGUUUUUCAAUUAAGGUUACUCUAAUCGACAAGAAUAGCACUAAUAUUCUACAAAAACAUGUAUGUAAAUGGUAUUGUCAAUGUGACAAUUUUGUUAGUGAUAACAUAUAAUUAUUGGUCUGAAUACUUCUUUUAGAGAGUCAUAGGAUUUGUUUUUAAUUAAAACAUAAAAAAGUAUUUAUAAAUGUGACACCAUGCCAUUGGUAUAUAGCCUUUACUUGACCUUGUUGUCCACCCCCACUCUCUCUCCAAACUUUCUUUUGGGUAAGUUAAGUCAUCAACCUUUCAAUUUUCUUGGUGGUGAUAUAUUCUACUUUACUUGAGUCUACCCUUUCUUGUCUCUCUGUCUCUCUCUCCAAUUCAGUCUUCAGACGAGGUAGUUUAGUGUCAUAAUUGUGGAAUGUAGCUUUACUCAUCUUUCAUGUGAAGACGCUUCAUAUGGUUGCUGCAACCCAUUGAAUAGUCCCCAAAAUUCAUUCUCUUAGGAUACAUUUGCUAUACCCAAUUAAUGCCCUUCAGCCUACAGCGUGUGUCUUCAAUUACAGCAUUUGGAUGAAAAAAAGGGUAGAGAGGGUUGGUAGUAGAAUUCAAACUCACACAUACUUUGCCAUAAAGUAUCUAUUUUUUCUCUUUCUUUUACACUUCUGAGUUUGUAGUAGCAAAUCAGGAUCUGCUGCUUCAGUGCUUCUUCACCUUUUGUCUUCUAGCCUCUGGAAUUUUCCAUGGAGACAGAGAACGGUGACACCAGGUCCAAAAAGAUGGAAGAGUAUGAAGUCAUAGAGCAAAUUGGAAGAGGAGCUUUUGGCUCUGCCUUCCUCGUUCUUCACAAGUCCGAGAAAAAGAGGUAUGUGCUGAAAAAGAUUAGGUUGGCCAAACAGACAGAGAAGUUCAAACGUACAGCACACCAAGAGAUGAACCUGAUUGCAAAACUGAAUAACCCAUAUAUUGUGGACUACAAAGAUGCUUGGGUGGAGAAGGAGGACCACAUAUGCAUUAUAACCGGCUAUUGUGAAGGAGGUGACAUGGCAGAGAACAUAAAGAAAGCCCGAGGGUCAUUUUUUCCUGAGGAGAAGGUCUGCAAAUGGCUGACUCAGUUGUUGAUAGCUGUGGACUACUUGCAUUCCAAUCGUGUGAUCCACAGAGAUCUUAAGUGUUCCAACAUAUUCCUCACCAAAGACAACAACAUUCGGCUUGGUGACUUUGGUCUUGCAAAGCGACUUAAUGCAGAAGACCUUGCUUCCUCGGUUGUUGGAACUCCAAAUUACAUGUGUCCUGAGCUCCUCGCUGAUAUACCUUAUGGGUAUAAAUCUGAUAUGUGGUCUCUUGGUUGCUGCAUGUUUGAGAUUGCUGCACAUCAACCAGCUUUUCGUGCUCCAGACAUGGCUGGACUUAUCAAUAAAAUAAACAGAUCCUCCAUUUCUCCACUGCCAAUUGUUUAUUCUUCCACACUGAAACAACUUAUCAAGAGCAUGCUUAGGAAAAACCCAGAACAUAGGCCAACCGCAGCUGAAUUGUUAAGGCAUCCGCUUUUACAACCUUAUGUUCUACGCUGUCAUAAUGCAUCAUCUAAUGUUCUUCCUGUAUAUCCCCUAGUUAAUCCAAAGGAUAAAGCAAGAAGACCUAAUAAAUCUAGUGGUGGCAAGGACCAUAAGGACAAAGAAGCAGGUUUAGUAAAUUGUUUGGAACGGAUUCAUCCAAUUGAGGGAAAUGCAGAUAUACAGAUAAGCAAUCUUCCUAAUGAUGUGGUAACAAUUUCAACCAGUGCAGAAGACAAUCUUGAGACCAGGAUGGCUAAUCUUACCAGCUACAUAGUUGAAUCUUCUACUAGUAUUAGUGGCUCAAAAGAUGGGUCAACAACAUCUGAAUCAACUAUUUGCAGUGUGUGCAAGGAGGACUUUAAAAGUAGACCUGCAAGGGAAAUGACUAACAAUGAGAUCUCUUCAAAGAGUACACAAGAUUCUCUGCAUGAAGAACAAAGAUUUGCUGCUAAACAUUUUCAUAAAUUAGAAGACGACGACAUAAAUGCGGUGACUGCAGAAGUUGAAGAUGCUUCUUGCAAUGGAGGUUUGGAUAAUGCUGAAGCACAGAGGGAAGAUUCAAACCUUGAGGACUCUGGUAAAUCAACAAUGUCCAGUGAAGGCAGUAGCAGCACUGAUAAAGAUAAGUCCAUCAAUGAGGAAAGGUCAUCACUUAUUGUACAUCCUAUUAGGGUUGAAAAUGACACUGAAUCUGGAAACCGCUUGAAGAAAAGUGAAAACCCUGAUGUAUAUACAGAGGUCCCUCAUAUGAACUGCUUAAUGUCUGUUAGUAAUGAUGCACUUCCAGUUAAGGAUGAUGACAUAGCAAACGGACACAUUCUUUGCUCCACGCAUAAAGAUGAUAAUGUAGUGGAGGUUGAUCAGGCACCGAGUGGCAUUUCAUUGAGUGUAAUAACUGAAGUAGAUGGUGAUGAAACAAUCAAGACUCCGUUGGAUAGUCCCUGCCAGCAAAGAGCUGAUGCUCUGGAAUCUCUGCUCGAAUUAUGUGCUCAGCUACUCAAGCAAGAUAAACUCGAAGAGCUUGCUGGGGUGCUAAGACCAUUUGGGAAAGAAGCUGUCUCAUCAAGAGAAACAGCAAUAUGGCUAGCAAAAAGCCUCAUAUCUUCCCAAAAGUUUAAUCCUGAAACCUAAGGUCUGGUCAUAAAUCUAUACAUUGUUGUAAGAAAUGUGCAUUUCAAAUGUCACAUGAGUUUGUUCCUUUCGAGAUUUGUUGCUUGGUUGAAGAUUGGAGACUGGAAGAUAGCAUGCCACAUGUUCUUUCUUGGUGUGUUAAAUGGUUAUAGUAAAUGAAUUAAAUUAUUCUUGUUAGGUUGGAUAGUCAUUUGUGCUUGUUUUCCAGCAGUGUAUGGGUCAUUGAUUGUGUAAAUUUUUUUGCUUCCCCUUUUACGAACUAAAAAAUAACCAUGCACUUGGAGCUCGAUGUUUUAUAUAUUUGGUUUAUUUGUUAGAUGGCA